AUCAUCCACUGAGCACAACAAAGACUCACAGGAAAAGAGUAAAUCUGCUGAAGAUUUGCGAACGUCUUUAGACCCCAAGUCUACUCAGAAAGGACAAAAGUCACAUGCUGCAGUAGUAUCAUCCACUGAGCACAACAAAGACUCACAGGAAAAGAGUAAAUCUGCUGAAGAUUUGCGAACGUCUUUAGACCCCAAGUCUACUCAGAAAGGACAAAAGUCACAUGCUGCAGUAGUAUCAUCCACUGAGCACAACAAAGACUCACAGGAAAAGAGCAAAUCUAGUGAAGAUUUGCGAAUGUCUUUAGACCCCAAGUCUACUCAGAAAGGACAAAAGUCAUAUGCUGCAGCGGUAUCAUCCACUAAGCACAACAAAGACUCACAGGAAAAGAGCAAUAAAGCAGCAGCAGGAAAACAGGAGGGCAAAACUGAUGACAAAACAGCAAAGAAAAAAAUAUCUCCAGUAAGAGCUCCAACUGAGGAACCAAUGCUUACUGUUUAUGUGUACAUAGUAGUGGACAAAAGCUUCAAGUUCAAGAAAGAAGAUAAGCUUUUAUUCUGUAGUGCACAUUAUAGCCCUGAAAUGGAAAUAACCUACUUCAGGCCCUCAGAAAAAAAUGCCCUUCUAAUUGAGGCAAAAUUCUCUGUUAGUAAAAGUUAUGAGAAGCAAAGAGGCAUGACAGUAGAAUAUUACUAUGCAGUAAAGCAACAGAAAAAUAAGAUAGAGGCGGAGAGUGCUAGAAGAUACCUUCCGAUCCCUUCAGAUAGCUCAGUUAAAGAUCUGCACAUUUUUGAGGGCCAUAUGAGCCGUGUCCAUGGAACAGUGGAAUGGAUUGCGAACAUGUUUAAAUCUGGACCUAAUUACAUUCUUAAGGCUUGGCAGACUGCUGCAUUGGUAUUACUGGACAGAGUGUUUGAAAAAUGGGAACCAUCAAACCAUCAGACCAUGCAGUCAUUUAUACACCGCCUAAAUGACUACCAGUGGAGUUUUUUGAUCACAGCAGAGCGGGGAGUUUUCAUUAAUAAUGCAACUCCUUUUGGUGUACAGGUAAAUGAAAUGAUAGCUAAUAAGCUGAUGAGCAUACUAAAUGGAGAACAGAUAAAAGGGUCCUCGGAGAGAUCUGCUAAUGUCAGCCCGGUUACAGUCGGCCUCUCAGUGUUCCAGGUGUGUUGGGAAUGUGAUGUGAAUAUUGAGAUUAAGGGCUGGGCCAUGCUGUGUCGUCUAGUCUCUUCUGAUUCUGCUCUUAGACAGUUAAAAGAAAUACAAAACACCUUUCCAGCACUGCAACAAACAGUGAUAGAGCUGAUGAACCUCUGUGCUGAUCAGCUGCUUUCAGAGCUUGUGCUUUUGGUUCCUCUACUUCAUUCUGUAAGCAAGCCUGGGUCAGACUCUGGACGACCAAGUUUGACUCUGGAUGAACCAGAAUGGGCAGGACUGCAAAGUGUAAAGUAUCAGCUUUACAGGGAUAGACUAAGAGGAUUCUCUGACAAGAGAAGAAUGAUGCUUAAAAUGGUCGAAGAGCAGAAACACCUAUGCAAAGAAAGGCCUCAUGUUUUAGUCGGCUGGCUGUCUUUGAUAGCAUUUGAGGAUGUUACAGAGUUUGCAAAGCUCACAGGCAUUAGGCCCGAACAUCUUAUUCAGAGCCUGAUGUACAGAAUGAAAACGUAUGAAUAUAGCAAAAAUUACGAAUAUUCACAGAACAACCUGAAGGUCACUGAAAGGAUUCUUACUUAUGUCAUAAAGAUUGUUGAACAGCACAAAGAAAGAAUCAUGUGCUCUGGAUGGUUGGUUCAGUGCUGCAGAGAUGUUCUCAAGAGCACUUGCAAAAUAGCUCAAAGUCCUUUCCUGUUCAAGGCAGCAGUUUUGUCCUUUCAGCUACUGCUGAAAAUAGCUGAGGUUCUGUAUGAAGCCCUAUUAAAGGUACUGUAUAAGGAAGAGAAAAAGAAAGAAACAAAACAGCUUUUAACAGAGCUUGGAAAUGCUCAGGUGGAAUUCAGUGAGUGGAGGGAUAGUGUGCUUAAGCAGCCUUUGUUCCAACAUUCAAAACUCUCUUACGCUACAGAAAUAGAGCUUUGGGAUGCCUUCUUUGGACUGGAGUGUUCAAUAGAUUCUGUCAAAAAGGAGUGGCUGUGCAGUGUGGACAAAGACUUAAGAAAGAGGAUCUCUGCGCUCCGUGAUGAGGAGAGGGUACAGAUCUGUGUUGUGGAAAUGACAGCGAAGGCUAUAGAGAAAAGCCACAAAAACGUUCAGACUUGUUUUGAAGAGUUGUGUGUGUUUGCCAUAAAAACCAUAUGCCAGAAACGUAGAGAAGGGAAUCUUCUGCGUAAUUGGCCUCAGAAGCCUUCUCCCUUUCUGUCCACAAUAAUUGUGGAGUCGGCUGCUCGCUAUGGAGAAGACACAGUGACCCAAAUACUAAAUGCAGAAUCUGCUGUCCAUGUCCUGCUUUCUUGGGAACACUGGAGUAAACUGGAGAUCAGUGAGGAUGCAAGUACAAUUAUGAACACUUGUCAGUCUACGUUGGGUUCUCUGAUCCAUUCACUUUGUCAGGGUGAUAUUCUCCUUGGCCACCUGCAGACUAUACUGAAACAUCGCGACCAGUUCCUAAAGCUGUAUGAAAAAUUUAAAAAAAGCUUCAAGCCGCCAAACAUUUCCAUCGAUGCAAAGGGGCUGCUUUCUCAAAGAGAUAAGGAUGUCAAAGCCAUAAUGGAGCAAAAAAAGCAUAUGGAUUUCCUUCUAAAUAUGUUGGGGAAAAUCUCAGAGAUGAUCCAUGUACCUGAAGUCACCUUACUUGAGGAAGAACACAAGACUGACCUUCAAACAAUAAGCUUAAACAUGCUGGUGGGAGCACAGCCAUGUUUUUCCAAUCAAGAUCUGAAAGAAAUCUGUUCAACAAUGGUGCUACACUAUAGUGCUGAUCCACAAGUACUUGAUAUGGCAAGACAGAUGUAUGAGCUACAAGAAAGUAAUCUAAUUCUCAAAUCAUGGAUGGACGAGGCAAAUGCACUUGAGGCAUACAUGAUACUUUCUGUUCCGGUGCAACUGAAUUUGCUAGAAGUCAUUGCUGAAAUCUGGCAGCCUUCACUCAAAGAUUUUUGCCAGCUAGGUUUAAGGAUUGCACAAGGACUUGUUACUUUUGAGCAAGUGGACAUGGCUGUGGAUGGGUGUGGAGACAAGGGUGAUGGCACUCGCAUCAAGAGCGAGCUUAAUCUUAUGGCUAAAAAGAUUGAAAAUUAUGAAGGCCUUGAUCAAAACUGGCCUGAAUUAAGGUUCAAUCAGAUUCAGAAGUAUCGACAGCUCCAUAACUCAGCAGAGUCCGCCAUUGCAAUAAUGAGAAUAAGAGACAGACUCAAUCUGCAAGGAGACUUCAGCCAUAUUUACAGUCUUACUCAGCUGAAUGAAGACUCAUUCAAGAAGAAGAGUCUGGGAUCACUGAGUGAUGAACUUAUUUCUGCAAGGCAAAAACUGUCAAACAUCGACCGCAAGCACACAGCCUGUCUGGAAGUGUUCUUGAAAAGCAAGGAUCUGGUGGACUGGGUUAAAAAAUCUAUUAAGGAUUUAAGGGAGCUGAAAGUCUUUAAGGAUUUGGCGUCUAUUUCGGCUGGAGAAAAUGACAUGGAGAUUGACAGAUUGGCAAGUUUUGAUGAUGCUGUUAUGGGCUACAGCCCGCUGUUGUUCUUCCGAAAUAAAAAUGCAGGCUUUGAAGAGUUAAUUGUUCGUGCUCAGCAAGUCUGGGACAAACUCAAAGAAGAUGAAAAGCUUCCAACAAAAUUGGAAGAAUCUGCUCGUUGUCUUAACUGGCUGAAAGGCUUGAGGGAGACUCAUGGCUCUGUUGAGAAGUCCUCUCUUUCUAAGGUCUCAUCUAUCAAUUCUUCUGGUGUGUAUCAUCUGAACUGGCCAGUCGGCUCCUCUGGGAAGAAAUCUUUGGGCAGCAUUCUAUCUGUAAAGGUAUCCAACAAGAAUGAGUACAUAACAUACAGUCUCGAUGAAUUACUGGAAUUACAGAACAAGCUGAUGCUUAUGUCAUCCAAAGGAGAGCAUGGCAAGGAGCAAGUCAACAAGUUCACUGAGAUAUUCGAGGGAGUACAAAGAAUGGGACGAGUCAUUUUACAACUAUGUUCAUCUGGAAACUUAUUUUUCCAGUACUUAAGGGUGAAUGUAAAAUGCAACCCCAAAAAAGACCCAUGCAUAAAUGUUCACUUUCCCUUGCUUGAGAAGAAUGUUGUGUACCACGGACUUGUUGCUGAGGAGCUUCAAAAAGCAUGUCGCUCAAUGGAAGCCUGCUAUGAAGAUUGGUGUAACUAUAUGUCUGAGAUGCGCUCUCGAUACUAUGCAUUGAAUCACUAUACCUCAGAGCAGAUAGUUGGCCUUUGCCUUUGCAUAAAAAACAUCUAUGAGAGAGAAACGCCUCUUUCACAGCAAAUAAGGCACCUGCUCAACCUUCUCAAGCCAGAUACCACCCUAGAUGACAUAAGACAAGCUUUUGAAAAAGGAAAAGAGAGUCUUGAGAUUCAACAUCAAUACCAGUCUGAGCAGGAUACUGGGGGACCCCAGAAUUACGAUGAAAUGUUUGACAUCUAUGAAGACACCGAAAAUAAAACCAUUGAUCCUUUUACAGAGGAUAUGGGAGAAGAACUUUCAGAUUUAUCUAUUUCCAAGCAGUUGCACAAAACCGAGCUUCAGGAAGAUUCUGAAGAAGACGAAAUGUCUUUCAUUUUCACAUUGGACCAAGAAUGUCAAAAGGAAGAAGAAAAUUUGGAAGUUGUGGAAACUUUGGAAAAAAUGUGGCAGGACUUUUUGAAUGACAAACCCAGAUACCUUGCACAAUAUAUGGACAUUGAGGUUCUUGCUUUGUUUUUAUCCAGUCUUUCUGAUAUGAACCAGCUCCAUAUAAAACGCAGGUUACCAUCUAUUCUUCAAGAAGGAAAACCCAAUCUUGUUCUUUGCCAUCCUGCAGAAAUGAUUACCACUACACUUUCUUUUUACAUGGAGAGCCCAGAACAAAAGUUUCCCUCAGUCGAUGAGGUGUUAAUGUGUACAGAAAACACAACUGAUGAAGAAGUAGAAAUCUUCCUUCGUCGAUGUCUAGGCCAAGGUGCUCCAAGCAGCCAUAAAAAAGUCUAUACAUUGUUCAAUCCAGGUUUGCUGAUGUAUGAUGUAAGUGUGGCUCUAGUUGAGCACUUUGAGGAAAUGGAGCAGAGCGCUGGGUCUCGUUAUCGCAUCGUUAUAGUCUGUCCUGUAAACCAAGACAGAUAUGUUCCAUCAUUCUUUAGCAACUACAAGUUGCAAGCAGGAUUGAUGGUUUCUGAGGAAAAUGCUAAAGAAUACCUCAGACGACACCUAACAGCCCCAGACAGUCAUUUUCAGGCAUAUCCACAGGGUCUUUCAUCUUGGAUGGUUUCAUCCAGACGUCCAGCUGUUGGGAAGUCACUCUUUGUUACACGAAUGUUUCAACGUUUCAAGCCAAAAUUGCCAAGAGCCAGCUAUCUGCCAGUUAGUCUAAUAGAACCCCGUGUGGAUGUUGAUCGCUUUAUUAAAAAACUUCAUGAGAAGGAGUCAACACUGAGAGAGCAAGACCCUGUUCUCCUGCACAUUGACACUGCAGCUGUAUGUUGCGGUUUAGAAGAGUUCCUGUUUAAAUUACUUGUUCUAGGGUGUUUGAGUGAUUGUGAAGGAAAACUGUGGAGAAGAAACCCAGCUCACUUGAUUGUAGUUGAAGCACUUUUGCCAGAUACUGGUCUACAGAGACAAUCUCACAAGGAGUCAAACCAAGGACUUCUGUACCUACUACCAAACAUUCACUGUAGGCCCCCAAAAGAAGUGAAAGAACUGGCACUCAGAAUGAGACAUAAGAAAGAAAGCUUCACAGACCCACUGAUGGACUCACAGGAGUUUAAAAGUGAAGGUGUUCAGAGACCUUACCAAUAUUUAAAAAGAUUCAACAGAAAUGAGAAUUUGGACCAUUUCAAAUAUCAAGUUGGGUCUGUAGAUGGUGAUACAGUGGAUUGUCUUCACCACCUUUUGUCAAAUUGUGGACUGAAGGACCCAUCAUGGUCUGAACUAAAACACUUCACUUGGUUUCUUAACCUGCAACUAAAAGACUGUGAGAUUUCUGGAUUCUGUGAUCCACACUUUUUUGGUGACUAUUUGCGUGGCUUCAAGAGCUUCAUAGUCAAAUUUAUGAUACACAUGGCUAGGGAUUUUGCAUCUCCUUCCAUGGACAUCUCAGACCAGAGCCCUUCACUCCUCCUGGUUAGUGACCAUGGUGAUGAUAUUUUAGCCAGGUUAACAAUUAGGAAGCGAUGGGAGAAUGAAUCUCAUCCAUACAUCUUCUUUAAUGCUGAUCACUUGACCAUGACUUUUCUUGGUUUCCAUAUAAAGCCAAAUCCCACUGGACGUACUCUUAAUGCCAUUGACCCUCAAAGUAAUAAAGUUUUGAUGGGAGAUGUGAUGUCACCUGACUUGUUUGAAGGACUUCAGAACCAAAGGAUUUCCUUCUCCGAAGACUUUGAUCAGCUGCCAAGAGAAACCAAACUAAAAAAGGUUUCUUUUGUUGUUGGUGCGACUUUGAAGGACAAAUUUGACCCUGAUCCUACGUAUGAGCUUACUGCUGAUAAUGUAAUGAAGAUGCUGGCUAUCCAUAUGAGAUUCAGGUGUGAGAUACCUGUCAUCAUAAUGGGAGAGACUGGCUGUGGGAAGACCAGACUAGUGAAAUUCCUCUGUGAUCUUCAAAGAGAAGGUAGAAAAAUUGAAAACAUGAAAUUGGUCAAAGUUCAUGGAGGAACUACUGCUGACAGUAUACACAAGAAGGUGAGGGAGGCAGAAAGUCUUGCGAUGAAAAACCGUGAAAAAUACAAUCUGGACACAAUUUUGUUUUUUGACGAGGCCAACACUACAGAAGCAAUUUUUGCCAUCAAGGAAGUGCUGUGUGACAAGAUGGCAGACGGCUCGCCUUUAAACAAAGAUUCGGGGCUGAAAAUAAUCGCUGCCUGCAAUCCCUACAGAAUGCACACUCCUAAAAUGAUCGAACGUUUAGAGCGAGCUGGACUGGGCUACAGAGUAAAGGCAGGAGAAACAAAGGAUCGUCUUGGCAAAGUUCCCAUGCGCCAACUUGUGUACCGUGUUCAUCCUUUGCCCCCAAGUAUGAUGCCCCUUGUUUGGGACUUUGGACAGUUAAAUGAUUCAGCAGAACUCUGUUAUAUUAAACAGAUUGUACAAAAACAAAGGAGUGAACACUUCUUGCCACUUCAAUGCCAAAGUGUAAUCAUCAAAGUUCUGUCGGCCUCUCAAAGAUACAUGCGUUCUCAAGUGAAUGAAUGCAGUUUUGUCAGUCUUAGGGAUGUAGAGAGGUCAAUGAGGGUGCUGGUGUGGUUCUACCAACACAAAGACGACCUUUUUCCAAACUCCCAGUGGACAGACGAAGUUAAACUUACCUUGGAAUGCUUGGCUCUUUCUGUGGGAGUGUGCUAUUAUCCAUCACUUGAGGAUAGAAAGACAUAUCUGGAAGACAUUAGCCAGUAUUUCCCAUAUCCACUUAACUCCCAAGAUGCACUGGAAGAGGAGAUUUCUUCCUGCCAAGACUUUUUUCUUAAGAACAUUCAUACAAGUAAGACCAUUGCUAAAAAUUUAGCAUUAAAAGAGAACGUCUUUCUAAUGGUGGUCUGCAUUGAGCUGAGGAUCCCGCUUUUUCUGGUGGGCAAGCCAGGGAGCUCAAAAUCUCUCGCCAAGACAGUUGUGGAUUAUGCCAUGCAAAGACAGGCCUCACACUGUGCCUUGUUCAAGAAACUAAAAGAGGUACACAUGGUGUCUUUUCAGUGUAGCCCCCACUCAAGUCCAGAAGGGAUCAUUGCAACUUUCCGGAACUGUGCUCGUUUUCAAAAGGACAAGAACAUUGACGAGUAUGUAUCAGUGGUAGUCCUGGAUGAGAUAGGACUGGCAGAAGAUUCUCCACAGAUGCCCCUGAAAACACUGCACCCUCUGUUGGAGGAUGGGUGCAUUGACAAUGAGAGUCCGGAUAAACACAUGAAGGUGGGCUUUGUUGGAAUUUCGAACUGGGCUCUUGAUCCCGCAAAGAUGAACCGAGGGAUUUUUGUAUCUCGUUGGGAUCCAAGUGAAAAGGAGUUGGUGGAGACAGCCAACGGUAUCUGCUCAUCCUCUAAUACAGUUCUCCGCAAAAUCAAGCACCUUUUGCCGAAGUUGGCAAAAGGCUUUUUAAGCAUUUGUAAAAAUGACAAAGAUCAGUUCUUUGGACUCCGGGAUUAUUACAGCUUGGUGAAAAAGAUUUUCAAUACAGUGAACAGAACAGACAAGGAGCCAAGUGACAGUGACUUGGCAGAGGCUAUACUGUGCAAUUUCAGUGGACAAAAAGACGACCUUGAUCCUCUGAGUUACUUCCUAGACCUCUUCCAAAACUUACAUGAUGUCCCAAGGAUCAGCACAUUGAAAAUGAUUAAACAAAACCUUGCCCAUGACAAUAAAGAAGAAUGCCGCUACCUUCUCCUACUGACAACUAACAACGCUGCCCUGUACAUAGUUCAGCAAAGUAUUUUUUCAAACACCCGCCCUGAAAUCGUCUUUGGUUCAGGAUUCCCCAAGGAUCAAGAGUAUGCUCAAGUCUGUCGCAAUGUGAGUCGAGUGAAAAUGUGUAUGGAGACCGGUCGGACUGUCAUCCUGCUAAAUCUUCUUAACCUUUACGAGAGUCUGUAUGAUGCACUGAACCAAUAUUACGUUUACUUCAGUGGGCAGCGGUAUGUUGACUUGGGACUCGGGUCACACAGAGUGAAGUGUCGAGUUCACCCGUAUUUCAGACUGAUCGUAAUAGAAGACCAAGAAAAAGUCUAUGACAAGUUUCCUGUUCCACUGAAAAACAGGCUAGAGAAGCAUAAGGUUGACAGGAGUACUGACCUAACUUCAUGGCAGCUCAGAGUUCUGGAGAAACUCAAAAAAUGGGUUUCUGAGUUUUGCCAGAAUAAUGGGUCAUCAUCAGAUUUCAGUCCACCUGAUGCCUUUGUUGGAUUUCAUGGAGAUGCUUGUGCCAGUGCCCUGCUGCAAGCCCUGGAAAGUAGAGAAAAACAGGAUCAUCAGAAAGUGAGGAAUGGCCAUGCUGAUAGUAAUAUGUCCACUGAGGAGAGCAUCAGUACUGCAGUUCCAAUGGAGGUAGAUGCAGAAAAUGACAUGGAAGAAAAUGAGCAAGCCCACAACCAUGGAGAAGAGAUUCAGUCUCUUGAGAACACACCUAAUGAUGACAUUGAAUGUGCUGUGGCAGACAGUGAUGUUCAAUCUGAUACACAGCCCAAGAGUCCCCCUAAUGGGAAGCUUGUCCUCGUGAGUGGGGAUGACACUGAAGAGGACAGUAAAACUACAAGGACGGCAGAUGAUUUAGGGGAAGAUCCAGGGUCUAGAGAAAUGGACAAAAAUGUAAAUAACAUUGAGGAAGAGGACCAUGGGCCAAAUAAAAUCAGAUAUGAAGAGGAAGAGGUCUAUGAAUCUGCCAAAUGCUUUUUGUUAAACUGUGCCACUCCAGACUCUGUGCUGAGGCUAAAAAACUCAGAGUUAGGAAGGCAGGAAGUAGACCAACUGCAAAAGCUGUACUUUCACCAGCAAGGCCAUCAUUCCCUCAGAGAUUUCAUAAACAGUCAUUUGAACAAGACCGACAUGGAUAGGACAAGAUUCAUAGAGAUCACCACCUUCUCUAGUCUGCUUACUAAAGCUGAUGAGCGAGAUCUGACCCAGGCUUUGGACUUGGACAUGGAAAGGCUUCUUUUGCUGUCUGUGCAUCAGUUUGACACAGAGGCUUCUUUCUGCAGCAAGAUUCGAUGCUUCAUGAGAAAUGCACAUGUGUCUUUGCACAUAUUGCUGGUACAGAUGGACAUGGAAGAAUCGCUCUGCAAAAAUGAACUGAUUGCUUCUGCCAAGUACUGCACCAUGAAUGAACUUGUGGCCUCACAGUCAGAAGAUACCAACUGUUAUGUCGUGUUUAUUACUAAGCUCUCAAGGAAUGCAAGUGCCAAUAAAUAUAUUGGUUUCCAAGGAGGUGCAUGGCUUUCUGUACACAUUGAUGACCUCAGAGACACUCACGACAUGAGCUUGGAUCUUUCGGUUUUGUGUGGAAUGCCUAUCAGCAAGCUACUCGCCCUGCCAAAACAAUCUGAUGCCAUGGAUAUAGAAAAUCAGGAAGGAGCCAUACAAGAACAUCAUAGGGAAGAAUCUGCAUACCUGCACAGUUUGUCCCUGGUGAGAUCUUGUACGCAGAAGGCUGUCUCAUUACUUAAAGAUCCUGUUGAUAAAGCAUCUAGAAGCCUGAAACGAAUGCACAUUCUUCUUGGUCUCCUGGAAAAUGAUCCAGUGUGUAUUAAAGCACGUUUUCAGGAAGUACUGCUGAGCAGACUGGUGGCUGCCCAAACUCAAAUGGAGGAAUUUAUUCUUAAUCCAGACGACUGGGUGAACAAGGAAGCAAAGAAGCGUGAUGCAUUGGAAGAAGGUGGCACUCUCAGACACACACUGUGGCGCUGCCUACAGGGUGUCCUGACCCCACUUCUGGCUCGAAUAUUAGAGGUGUUGGACAGGGACUAUAACCUGGACCUCUUGUAUGGUGAAGAUCUUAGUGAGGGGCUCGUUCAGUUCUGGCUGAACAUCUUUAGUGACGAGCAGAUUUUAGACCUGACAAUGCGACAGAACUCAAGUGCUGCAGAAGAAGAGAUUGAUGUUCAGCACAAUAUGGCUGUGGAUAAAGAGGGCCGUUCCUGCAACGCUCCCUUUAGCUGGCUCAUCAAACAGUACUGUCAUAAUCUCUGGGUAGAGUCUCAGUUUGUGCAAGGCAUUGAACAGAGCAGCCACAAGAGAAUCCAGCAGUUUGUGAGUGCUGUGAAAGCCAGUAGGUUAGGUGGCUACAUAAAAGACCUCUCGGAGAGCGAGCGUUUGGAGCUGGGCCAAAAAUAUCUAACUGAUUUUGUUAUACUCACUUUAAAAGUGAAAAAUGAGGAUGAAGUAAGGGUGUUCAGUGCAGCAUUGUCGGGUUGUUUGACCGCUCUGCAGCAGACAGUGGGUGUUCCAUUCGAACCUUCUCCCGCCUGGAUCAUGGCAGCGGCUAAACACUUCAGCCUUCGACUGGACACACUUUCACAUGCCCUCCAGCUUCAACCUCAAGUAGCUCCUCUUAUUCUGAAACAGCUGUCUCAGAAAGACUCUUCAGACAUGCAUGAAGACAUUUUAGCUCUUGGGAUAUUUGUGGAGGAGACUAAACUUCAGCCUGUUAAAUCAAUAUCGGCAUGUUCAUCCUUCCUGACCAGAGUUGAACUGCUGCAGCCUUGUUUGCAGAGAGCGUUCAGUAAUGCUUUCACCUCGCUUUGCAGUCCUGGCUGUCUCCAACACAUAAUUGCUAUAAAGUCUGUAUGGCAGGGCAUGCUAGUGUUGGCUGCUUUCAUUGAGCAGGUUGUGGUCAAAGUAAAUACACAUGAUCAGAGGCUAAUGCAUCUGACACUUGAACACUGCAGCCAUCUAAAAAAGCUGAUGGAGGAAUGUCCUGACCUUCAGAGCAAAGGUUGUUUACAGAAGCUCAUCCGCAUCCUUAGCUCCUACCAUGAGCAGUCCAUCAGCAGAGAGCUACGCUUUGGUGUGAAGUGCCCCGUGUGUCUUGAGGACCUGACUGAGCCUUGUGUCCUGCAGUGUGAGCAUGUGAUCUGUCUGCCUUGUAUGAAAAGAUGUAUACAUGAACAGGGAACAAAGUGCCCCAAGUGCAGAAGAGAUCUUCCUCCAGAAUACCAGCCCACCGUCUCUAGCAAUGCGGAAUUAGCCCUAAAGCAGCACAAAGAAAUAAGAUGCUGCUGCAAUUUCUUCUUCCUAGAAGUGGUCUCUCAUUUUUGUCUCUCCAAAGGACAAAGCCCCAGUGAUGACAUGGUGGAACUGCUUUUUUCUCUGCUCAUUUCAGCACAGGGAGGUGUAUAUAGAACAAGAGAGCUAACCCCAUUUCUGGAAUGUGUUGAUCAGAGUCCUGUGGUACGAUCUGUGCUGCCCAAACUCUUACUGCAAUACAGCUUUGAGCAGGUAAAGGAAUAUAUUCAGACAUAUUUAAAGAAACUGGAAGGCCACCUUCUGGAUGCUGAGGACAAGACAGAACUUUACAGACUCUUUGUCAACUGUUUUCAAGAUUCUCUGCUCUGUGUGAAAAUGGGUGAAACUCUGGAUGAUAAUGAACUCCAGCGGCGCCAGCAGGACGAUGUUAAAUUUCUCAGUCGGUUGGCCCGCAGACAGACAGUGUCCAGAGAGGAGCAGCCAGCCGAGUUUUUGCUCUCUAUGGCCCGUCUAAGGAUGUGUCUGGAAACUGUUUCUUGCAUAUUGCCUAGAGCUGCUGGCCAAAAGAGUGGAGAAUGUGCUGAUUGGGAACAUAAACUCUUGGAGCAGGUGAAAGCAGUGUGUGAGUACAGUGCUAAUGACUGGUACAAAAUCUACCUGCUGAGAGCGCUUAAUAGGCAGGCGGGCACUGACAGCCUUAAAGCAGUGAUAAACAGCACCUCCUAUGAAUGGGUCUUUCCAAAAACUCUUCUGCAGCUUCAGAGGUCGAAUCCUGUGGAGGUGGAUAGAUUCUUGUGCUGUGGUCUGCAGUAUUCAAAAUUUAAGAAUGGAGUGGACCAAGUACUGCAGGAUUCCAACACAGAUGUGCUUAAAGCGGCAUUGCAGGAUGUGAAAAGCUCCGUCUUUCUGGCUCUGGCCUUAUACAGACAAGUCACCUGCUGUAUGGCUAUAUCUAAUCCUGCUCUGCGUCCUGGAGCCCAGCAUCUAAAGAUUCUGGAAGACAUUGUGAGAGAGAAAACAACAGGGCAUGUACGAGAACUCUGUGCUAGCCUCUUAUCCAAUCCAAAUGGAAAUCUUAUGCCUCACCUGCAUGUUAGUGCAAGAAGAUUUGCAGAGAGGCGUCAUUUUCAGGAGCUUCUGGUGCAUGCCAUCGCUGCGUUCCACAGCGGGAACAGUCUGCUGUACCCCUUCCACCUUAUUACAACCAGGCCACAAAACAUGAAGGAAGCAUUUCUGCCCACAAUGCCAGAUGACCACACAAGUGAAGUUAUCCAGGCACUAGGGACUAGGGAAAGAAACCUGACAAAUUACUGUUGCCGAAAUGGUCAUCUGGUCCUGGUUGGAGAGUGUGGAAGGCCAGUGGAUUUGGGAAACUGUGCCACAUGCGGAGUGCAAAUAGGUGGUCUAAACCACAACCCAGUUUCGGGAUUUAUUCAAGUCAGUGGUCGUGUAGGAGAUCAGACUCGACCAGGCCACAUUUUGGGUGAUGCUGCCCACAGAUCUGAAGCCCCAGACCGAAAUCUGUCUAUGGCUGAGUCUUGUGUGCUGCGUCUCUUCCUCCAUCUUGCCAUGUUACAUGGAUAUUUUCUCAAUAAUCAGGGCAUCAGGACAAUGAUCCAGCCCACUGUUAACAAUGUCCAGGAGUUUUUGUGGUGCCAUCUUGAAAAGGACAUAGAGUAUCUGGGGAAAACUUUGAAUCUGAACUUGGACGACACAGCUAUCACUGUUCAUCUGAUCCUCAAUGCAUCUGCUGAUCUUGCCACAGGCCGUUUCCAGCAGACCAGUGGUGUUUCUGCACACUGGUCUUCUCGACAUGAUCGAGAGAGGUGGGAAAAGCAGGUUUGCGAAACGCUCAUCAAUCCGAUUCUAAAGAAUCUAAACAGGCUUUUGGAUGAAGCCCAAAAUCAGAUAGCAUCUGACGAUAAGCUCUCCAGUAGUCCUCUGAUGAAGGUGUUAAAGGGAGAUCCUCAUCAACUACUCGCUCUCCCCUCAGAAUGUCCCAGCCAUCAUGAUGCUUUCUGGACUCCUCCAGACCUCCUGACUGUGGAAGGGCUUACCCAUAUUGUAUGCAAUCAGGCGAGGGAACAAGUUCCCCUGCUGUCACACUUUCUUAAAACAGUGAAGUAUGUAAGAUAUCUGGCUUACCUACCUGAUCUGGCAGCCCUCCUGUCAGAUCUGAUACACGUUGUGCCCACUGACUCUACGAUAACCAUUUCUACAUGGCUACACAGCUUACCUGCAGGUCAACAAAGGAAUACACUAACAGAAAGGCUAAAGACCUUCUUCAAGGUGUGGAACCAUCUCCGUAUGGAGCUCACUAACAAUGCUGCUGUUGGAAUUGAUCAUGCACUUUGUGAGAAAGAUAUAACUAUGGAAAGUUCUGUUCAGUAUAUCUCCCUGAGCUACCAAGGGCCAGGUUCAUGUCUCAAUACCCUCAUUAGCCUACUGUCCGAGACUCACAACAGUCUGGUGCUAGAAGCGUGCAAACUUAGCCAACAGGAUGACAGUGUGUACACUGUACAUGUAGGAGAGCUGACUGAAAACCAGUUGGUACUGUGCCACCCGGAGAAGGAGCUGCUGCCACUGGUGUUAGCUCACUGUCAUUAUACCCUGGUGAAGGGUCAGCAAACAAAGAGUGGCUAUGACUUUCAGGCAGUUGAGAAACAGCUUCACAGGCACUUUAUAGCUGGCAAGCCACGCAUCCAAACAGACACUGACAAGUACCUGAAGAGACACCAUCAAGAUUUUUCUGAGGUUCUGAAAGCUGUCUGGACCAAGAUACCACAGGAGCGACUAAAGGGCUCAGUAUGCAGCUCCAUUAGGGCAGUUCUGCGCUCUUUUACUGAUGUGUGUGAUGCUGUGUAUGUGCUGGAGAUUGGCCUUCGUUUCCUGGGUAAAACCGGAGGGGACCAAACCGUUCUACUUCUGUCCUACCUUAAAGAGUCUUUAGAAAUGAAGCAACACAUCUCCAGCAGUAUAGCUAAGGCCCUGGCAGAUAUUAGGCUCAGUCACUGUAUAGCUAUGUGGCAGCUACUGACCUGCUGGAGAAGUGAACUGAAGCUGAGGAAAGGACAGGACCCUUUCCCAAGACUUUCUGAAGAGUUUCGAGAGAAGCUGUCUGCUGAUGAGAGAAAGGAGCUGAGAGAGUUCUUGGAUGCCACAGACACUGAAAUUUUCAUUCUGGAGCUUCAUGAAAUCCUACUCUUGAAGACCUCACCAGACAGCUACAGACCUCAGUGGGGCAUUGGGAGCACUCUGGAAAACCAUUUGGAGAAAAAAGGUGCCAAUAGUUUACAUCGACUGGAAACUUUGUCUGAGGAGAUCACUCUGAGUAAGGCUGCUGAAGUCUGGAGCCUUGCUGUAGACUUUAAGAAAUGACACUGCGUUUAAUAUUGGAAUUUGAAAAAAUCCUCUUUGUGUAAUCAUAUAGAUAUAUUAUUAAUGAAUGGUUAUAUAAAUUAUUGGUAGGUGUAGGUAAUUAGUUAUCUCAUUGAUUAAAUAAUUGAUUGAAUGUAUUAUUGAUUUACUGAUGUCUGAGCCUAUAAUAGAGCCAGUUUGUCAGAAAAGAUACUUUUGUACUUUCAACAUUCCUUCUUUCUUUUUUCUUUCUUUUUGUCUUUCUUUUUCUUUCAUACUUUCAGCGUAAUCUGUAUUCAUUUAAAUGUGAAUUGUAU